GAAAGCCCUGUCAACCUGACAUGUCUCUCAGAGAGGAGCAGCAGAUGAAUUUGGACACUGAGAGUGCAACACAUGCUGGAAUGGAGUGUCAGUCGAAGUCCUCUCAUAAGUACCUGCUACUGCAGGUGUGGUGCGGCAUGCUCACUGUGGCCGUGGUGGUUAUGGCUGCACUCGUCAUUUCAAUCAAACCAAAGUCAACUGAGGGAGCAGUCCCUACACUGAAGCCAGAUAAUGUCAGUCUAACAAGUCCAACAGCCAAUGUGCCUCCCUCAAAGUUAACAGGAUCCUCUCUAUCGUUCAUUCAGCUAACCAAGACUCUGGAGGAUAAGUGGGAAGACUCAACCCUCGAGUGUACCUCCUGCUCCCUUGUCCUGAACGAAGACUCCAUCUACUGCAAAGAGAGCAGCCUCUACUUCAUCUACGCCCAGGUCACCUUCAGCAAGCUCCAAGAAAGCAGCAAGAAAAAUCAGACCAAAUCUGUGUUUCUGAAAAGAAACCCCACGCCUGGUAGAAGUAUGAGGGUAUUGGUUGAGGGGACCUUCCCGAACACAACAGAGGGCACUGUGUGGGUGUCCAAGAUUGUCAAACUCAAAUUCAGGGACAGUGUCAGCAUAGAUAUCAAAGGUGAUCAUCAAACACACAGCAUGUCGACAUUCUGGGGUGCCUAUAAGCUUCAUUAGCACUGCAGGUCUCCAGGAUUUGUUACUAUACAAGAGAGAAUCAUUUGGGGUUGGACUGGUAUGUUAUUAGUAGGCCUAUACUAAGAAUUAGGGGUGUAAAUCACACCUUUCAUCAUGAUACAAUAUUAUAUUGAUUCUUUUUUACAACGAUACAAUAUCU